GGAAAACAGACCGAUGUGUGUGCGUCCAAGUUAGAGCUGGGUGGGUCUUCUACUGCCGUUCACAUUUUCCAAAUAACUCCCGAGCUGUUCGUUCGAGUUCUUUCAGAGGGUCACAAUGUUGAUGCUGGCUGGAAUCGUGAUUGUGCAUCUCACCGCUAUUAUCCUCCUCCUCGUUGCAACAAUUGACAGUGCCUGGUGGACCACUGAUGCAUUGUCAACUGACUUGUGGGGAAGAUGGGAUCUUGUCAACUCAGCCUGGCAUUACACUAACCUGAAAGACUACCCAGAAGAGUACCUCCAGGCUGUACAGGCGACUUCAGUGCUGGCAUGCAUCUUCGCCAUCCUAGCCCUGUUCGUAUUUGUGGCUCAGCUCUUCACUCUACCCAAAGGCCAGCGCUUCACCUUUACCGGCGUUUUACAGUUGCUUGCCUGUUUGUGUAUAAUGAUAGCUGCCUCAAUUUACACUGCUGAGUUCCACGCUGGUGAAAAGGGAGCAUACGGACACUCCUACAUCUUGGCCUGGAUCUCAUUUGUCCUCACGCUGCUCUUAGCCAUCACCUAUCUCGUCCUGCGGAAAAAGAGCGAGUGAGAAGAAAGAGGCAGCGGAGGCCAGGAUCUGGGAACACAUACCUUAAUUGGGACGUUAAAGUAUCCUCCAAAUUUGUGACAAAUAUUUGAUGUUGGGAGUCAAAUGCAAGAAUGUUGCUGAUCACUUAAAAAGGCAUUUAAAAUAAUUCUUGGCCUCAUGAUAAUUAACUCAUUUAUGUAUGUAUAAUUUUGGGGCAAAUUUCUCUUCCCUUAACAAAUUAGAAUUUAUGGGACUAUGUGGAAGUAAUCUGAUUUUUUUUAACAAGCUAGUUCACACUAUUACCUAAAUAUAUCAAAUGAAUUAGAGUAACAAAUUCAAUUUAUUGGUGUAAUAUAAUCUAUUUGACAUCUGGUGGCAAGUCAGGCAUAGGUCAACUGUGACACUACUAGCUUGUGGCUAGUUAGCUUAGCAUAACAUUUGGGAGAAGUGGGAACAAUAUAUUUGUCUUUGGUUUUUUUAGUUUACACAGAAGGAGAAUUCAGAAGGUCUUACAAGUGGAUUUUGUUACCUUUAAAAUGAUAUACCCUCUACGCUGAGGUAAGCCAAACUUCAGGCAAAUUUUGCAUCAAAUAUUUCCAGAGAAAACAGAAGUGUGACAUAUCUGUGCCUUAAGUCACACAGUGUUGGCUCUUUUGGAACAUAAAGCCAUCAAGUACAAAUUAUUAUGAACCCAGGGCGAUAAAACUGAUAAGUUUAAUUGCUGACCCCCACCACCUGAAACUUGAGGAUUUUAGCAACAGCCACAAGAAAGAUGUGAGCGUGUAAAAUUGCAGCAUGUGAGCAACACUUCCCUGUUGCUUUACUUGAACAAUUAAAACCAAGCCUUAAUUGAAAAGACAAGUAGUUUUAUGUCAUGUAUCUUUAUUUUAUAAUUGAAGUAUGGUGUAUCCUUGUUUUAUCCAUGUACAUUGUAACCAUUAUAUUUUUGUAACAUUUUGUAAUGUUCCUUUUUUUUUUUAAACUGUUUUGCAUUUUUGUUUGUAAGUAGGCUGCUAUCUUUAAAAAGUACAUCAAUUUGUACAUGUGAACCAGAUAUGGAGGAGGACAGUGUUUCAUUUUACCAUAUUUCUAGAUGAUGCAUUAGGUUUGUAAUUACAUUGGAGUGAAGCCAUAUAAUCAAUAAAACCAGUAACACA